UAGCUCCGCCCCUGAACGCUCGCUCUGUUUCUGAGCAGUGCUGCACUGCGCAGCCGCAGUUCUGCUCCGCGCCUCCAGGGGGCGACAAGCCACCGCGACCACCACAGAGGAGAGGAAGAGGAGGAGAAGAUGGGGGCUGGAGGUCCUUCGUCUGACAGGAUCUGAACCUAUACGCGCACGCGCCAGCCAGCGGACACACCAGAACCGGGCCCGGUGUCUGUGCUGGAAGCAUGAACGAGUCGGGGGGGCUGCGCCUCCGGAGGCUGCCGCGGCCGCAGGUCAUCACCGACGAGCUUCCGGAGCGGCGCCUCAAAAGCUCCGGCACCUACAGUGGGCGGGUCUUCCAGGUGACCCUGCUGUCUCUGGGCGGCUUCAUUCUUCUUCCUCUGCUGGUCGUCGUCUUCAUCCUGGAGUCUCCCAUCAACCCCGAAGCCUUCAGUCUGAGAGAACCGCCGCUCAUGAAGGGCUGCUGGGAGCCCAACCUGAAGCUCCGAGAGUCCCAGAGGCUUUUCGAGGACCAGAUCCUCGGACCAGAGUCCAUCACCAACAUCGGGGAUGUCCUCUACACCGGAACAGCUGACGGGCAGAUACUGAAGCUGGUCGGUCGGAGGAUCCUGACCGUCACGCGGCUCGGAAAACCUCCAUGUGGCUCCGGAGAGGACGAACCGGUCUGUGGAAGACCUCUGGGGAUCCGAGUGGGACCAAACGGGACUCUGUUUGUGGCUGACGCGUACCUGGGCCUGUUUGAGGUCAACCCCAACACAGGGGAGAAGACCCGCCUGGUGGCCGGCGGCGAGGUGGUCGGCGGCAGGAAGCUGUCGUUCAUCAACGACGUGACGGUGACGCGCGACGGGAAGAAGGUGUACUUCACAGACUCCAGCAGCAGGUGGCAGCGCAGGAACUACAUGCAGCUCAUCAUGGAGGCCACGGCUGACGGCCGAGUUCUGGAGUUCGAUACCGAAACCAAAGAGCUGACCGUCAUCAUGGACAACCUGCGCUUCCCGAACGGCAUCCACCUGCUGCCGGACGAGGAGUCGGUUCUGGUGGCGGAGACCACCAUGGCCCGGAUCCGCAGGGUGCACGUGGCCGGUCUGAACAAAGGCGGCAUGGACACCUUCAUGGAGAACCUGCCCGGUUUCCCCGACAACAUCCGGCCCAGCUCCUCGGGGGGGUACUGGGUGGCCAUGUCGGCCGUCAGGGCCAACCCGGGCUUCUCCAUGCUGGACUUCCUGUCCCAGCGGCCCUGGAUCAAGAAGCUGCUCUUCAAGCUCUUCAGCCAGGACGUUCUGGUGAAGUUCGUCCCUCGCUACAGUUUGGUGGCGGAGCUCCAUGACGGCGGCGUGUGCACGCGCAGCUUCCACGACCCCAACGGCCUGGUGGUGGCGUACGUCAGCGAGGUCCAUGAGCACGCCGGCAGCCUGUACCUGGGCUCCUUCCGCUCGCCGUACAUCGCCAGACUCGACCUGGGGGCGGCGUGAGACGUCGGCGCCCGAGCGGCGCCCGAGCGGCGCUCAACAAACUAACAAACUGUCUUUUAAAGUCGCUGAUCACUGUUCCGGGGCGCGUCCGGUCUCCGUGGUAACCCUGCUGACUGCAACAUUUGAUUGAAAUAAUUUUAUGUUUUAAGAAGCCGUUCUGCCCUCUAGUGGUCGUCACUGCAGCUGCAGGGCUCGCCGCCUGAAGAGGGUCAGCCGCUCCUGCAGCGCUUUGACCUUUGACCUGCAUGAGAAGAUUGACUGAACUGUGACUGAUUUUAAAUAAAGGUUUGAGAAACAGAGAAA